CUAUAUGCAAUGAAUCCCCAUCAGUGACAUAGUAAAGGACAUAUUGUGAUGGAAUGGAAGCAGAAACAUCAAAGAAAUUUGUACAAAAACCGUUAAUAGACGAGAAUCGCUGAAUAUUUCUGAAUGCAUCAU